CCACACCGACACCUCUGACUUUUAGUCAAAGAAGAAGAACAAUCACUCGCUCAAAACCCUUUCCACCGUUGAUUACGUGGACCCUUGUCUGCUCGCGCGUACCCUAUCAUUUCUUAUUCUAUAAAUAAAUUAUAAACCAUAUAAAGCCUUAACCAUAGUUAAAAUCUAACCCAAAACCCUCUAGCUCAAGAUCUCAACUUAGUUCCUCCUGCUACAGCUCUCUCUUUCCUUCACGAUCACAUCACCAGAUCUCUAUUGAAGGCUAGGGUUUCAGGGUUGUUCGGGAAGCUUCUUCUUCGUCUUUCGUCUUGUUUUCGUUUCUGCGACAAUGUCGAAGCUGGAGCUUCUCUCAGCUUUGCCUCUCCUCCUCUUUGUUUGGCUUCUCUGUGUUGAAGCUUCAGUUCACGAAUACGCCGGCGUGCGAUUUGUCGGCAAGGGAAACGCGUUCGUCGUCCAUGGAGGGAGCGAAGGAAUCUAUUCCUCUCACCCGACUCACAACACUACUGCGGCAGUUGCGAAUGGAGAUGCUUUUAUACGUUUUGAGAAGAUUAAAUUCCGGAGGCCCAAGGAGUUUUCUAACUUCAGCUCAGGGUUGAUUCAAGCUGUUGUUUUUGAAGUGGAUGAUAGAGAGACAAUCGGGGGUUCAGCUUAUGGGGGCCAAAGGGCCAUUUGUUGCACAGCAGAUCUUGCAAAACUGGGUGUGUGUACACAAGGGGAAAUCAUUCACCGCCCUUCCGCUAAGAAUCCAGACUGGCCCCAAGUAUUUGGGGUCUCGUUCAGUGAGGAUAAGCUAGUUGCAAGAUUGCAACUAAAAUCCAUGGAGAUAACGAAAACUGGGAUGUAUAACUUGUAUUUCAUUCAUUGUGAUCCAAAACUCAAGGAGGUGGUCUUAGAGGGAAAAACCAUAUGGAAAAAUCCCACUGGUUAUCUCCCUGGAAGAAUGGCACCCCUUAUGAACUUCUAUGGGAUCAUGUCGCUUGCUUUUGUGAUUCUUGGAAUCUUUUGGUUCUCUCAGAAUGCAAGAUUCUGGAGAGAGGUCCUUCCAUUGCAGAACUGUGUAACACUAGUGAUAACACUAGGCAUGUUUGAGAUGGCCUUUUGGUAUUUUGACUAUGCUCAAUUCAACAAGACUGGUGUCAGACCAACAGCGACUACCAUAUGGGCUGUCACCUUUGGCACUGUUAAACGCACAGUUGCCCGUUUGAUCAUCCUGAUGGUUUCAAUGGGCUAUGGUGUUGUAAGACCUACUCUAGGCGGUCUCACAUCUAAGGUGGUUAUGCUUGGAGUGACCUUUUUUAUGGCAUCUGAAGUGCUUGAACUGGUAGAAAAUGUUGGUGCUGUCAGUGAUCUUUCAGGAAAGGCAAGACUAUUCUUGGUUCUCCCUGUAGCAAUCUUGGAUGCUUUUUUCAUUCUGUGGAUAUUUACUUCCCUUUCAGCUACUCUAACUAAACUUCAGGUUAAACGGAUGAUGGCAAAACUUGAUAUUUACAGGAAAUUUACAAAUGCUUUGGCAGUGGCUGUUAUAGUAUCUGUGGGUUGGAUAUGCUAUGAGUUGUAUUUCAAGUCAAGUGAUGUGUACAAUGAGCAGUGGCAGAAUGCAUGGAUCAUCCCUGCCUUCUGGCAAGUCCUUUCUUUUUCUCUCCUAUGUGUCAUCUGUGCUCUUUGGGCACCGUCUCAAAACUCAACAAGGUAUGCCUACUCCGAUGAUGGGAGUGAAGAGUUCGACAAGGAUGAUACUUUGACACUUAUAAAGCCAUCCCCGAUGCCUAUGAAAGACGUUCGAGGGGGGCCGGAGGCCAGAUCUUUGCAUGGUGGUAAUGGGCUACCAAGCGAGGAUGUGGAAGAAGAGAAGACAGAAUAAGGUGAAACACAACCACGCCAAAUUUAAAACAGGUUCCCUCCAUUUCCUUAAAUUGUAUUCCCUCAGUUAUCCUUGUAACAAUCCUCCAGCUGCUCUCUCCUCAACCUUGCAUCAAAAAAUUUAUAAGACUAGUCAUAGAGCGAACGUCCAUUUAGAUCUUGUACUCUUUCCAGUUUUCCCCCACUAUAUAUUUGUUGGAUUUUACAGUGCUCAGUAAUAGAUUCACACACAAACCAGUGCUUCACCUUGUUCUUUUCUGUUCAAUAUAAACCUCUCUCUACUAUUUAUUUUUAAUUGUUUUCCGGGACGGUACGAGGUUUUGUGUUAAUAAAGAUUCAUUGGAGAUUUAUCAAA